CUUUCCUUGAGCUGCUGUGUGCUUAUCAUUACCCUCUGCUUAUCAGCAAACUGUCAGUUACACAAGAGCCCUCAGAGUGGUAUGGUAACGGGCGAAGAUUAGACAUAAGUGCGGGUUCGCCUGUAACGGAAGCAGAUGGCCUUGAGUGUUGCAGACAGAGCCAUCGGGGCCAUUAUCGGGGCAGCAGUGGCAGAUGCAGCAGCCCAGCCCAUGCAUUGGAUCUACAACCCGGACAAACUGAAAGAAGUGCUCUCGGAUCUGGAGCCCUGUCCAGAGUUUCGGCCUCAGUCAGCGAACCCUUUCUACCGCAGGACAACAGGCGAGCAGACCUGCUAUGGAGACCAGGCAUACGUCCUGCUGGAGUCACUGAGUCAGUGUGGAGAUAUUAAUGUGGAAGACUUGACCAGGCGCUUUUAUGAAUUUUUUGGGCCGGGAACAGUCUAUGAUCUGCCUCUGAACGAUCCAUACAGAAAGAAAGGAGGCCCUAAAGCAGUUCUCCCCAUCGAUGGCCCAUGGAGGAAUGCGAGCCUGAAGGCUUUCAUCAGAAAUGUCGAUGCUGGCAAAGAAGAAACUGGUUGUGAUGUGGACUGUCAGAUAGAUGGUAUAACUAAAAUCGCUCCAGUGGUGGCUAUGUAUGCUGGGCGGCCUGAGAUGCUGGAGAAAGUGGAAAAAGCCACACGCGUGACCCAGAAUAAUGACCUGUGUGUGGCUGUGACGCUGGCUGCAGCGAGGUUUUUGGAGCAUUUCAUUCUCAAUGGUCCAGAUCCCAGUGCUCUGGGUGCAGUUCUGGCUCAGCUGAAUGACCCCAAUAGACAGAGCCCUCAGGAGCUGGACAGAGCUGUCAUUGCUCAUAUCAGCCAGGUGAAGGACAGCCUCACCAAGACAUCCCAGCAGCUCAUACCUGAGGUGUUCACAAACACAUGAGCUUUGCCCGGUGCAUUCCAGGGAGCGCUUCAUGGAGUCCUGACGUUGAACCAGCUGGAUGAAGCAGUCAGGGACACCAUGCGCCGCGGGGGAUGCACCGCCAGCCGAGCCUCCUUCAUUGGAGCCUGUUUUGGUGCACAGACCGGUCUCCAGGGAAUCCCAGAGUCUUGGAGGAAGAGGACAUUCAGAUACCCUCUGCUGUUGGAGCUAGCUGAAAAAGUGGUCAAAAAAAUUUAAUUGUUCCCCUAAAUUCAUCAUUUAGGUAUUCAGUAUUUAGGGAGCGUGGAUGAUAGCAUUUUAAGAGACUUUCUCAGGUUACAGAUGUACUUUGGCACAGCAAUCCAUGACAGUUGCAUUCUAAAGUCUUGUGCUGAAUGAAACUCGAAUCUAUCUUCUCUGUCAAAUCUGCAUCAUGUAAACAUUAAAGUUUUGUGCAACUUUUUCUCAAAUAAAAAUACUCUUGUGUUACUAA